GGAAGGAAACAAAGGAUACUGCUGCAGAGGGGGAGGAGUGGAAGAAUAGAAGCAGAAGAUAAGUGUGGCAAGAGCAAAUACAGCACUUAUCUGAGCAGCGUUGCUGACCUGCAAUGUGUGUGGGACUGCGUGAGGUUCUGGUCCUGUGCCUGGCCGUCGUGAGGGGAGGCUGUACGUUUCCUAGCAACAACUGGGGGGAAUGGAACGACUCGCAGCUUCAGCCGACAAUUCAGAGACUCAUGAAAGGAUACAAUCGCUACCUCCGGCCUAAUUUCAAUGAAGGUCCUGUGGAAAUUGGAAUGAGCCUUGACAUCGCGAGCAUCGAUGCCAUCUCUGAAAUCAACAUGGACUACACUGCAACCAUCUUCCUCCGUCAGCGCUGGCGGGACUCCAGGCUGGUGUUCCCGGGGAAUGAGAGCGUGAGCGUGGACGGACGCCUGGUGUCGCUGCUCUGGAUCCCGGACACCUUCAUCCCAGACUCCAAGCGCUCCUUCCUGCAUGAUGUCACGGUGGAAAACCGCCUCAUCCGCAUCUUCAGCAACGGGACGGUUCUCUACGCCCUGCGCAUCACCGCUACAAUCGCCUGCAACAUGGACCUGACCAAAUACCCCAUGGACAAACAGGUGUGCACGCUGCAGCUGGAGAGCUGGGGCUACAACAUCCAGGACGUGGUGUUCUACUGGACCAGAGGGAACGACUCGGUGAAGGGCCUGAACACCCUGCGGCUGGCUCAGUACAGCGUGGAGAGCUACUACACGUCCGUGUCAGAGGCCAUCUAUGAAACAGGCCAUUACCCCAAGUUGGUGCUGCACUUUGCCCUGCGUAGAAACGUCCUGUUCUUCAUCUUGGAGACGUACGUCCCCUCCGUCCUGCUGGUGGUGCUCUCCUGGGUCUCUUUCUGGAUCAGCCAGUCGUCUGUACCAGCUCGGACCUGCAUUGGGGUGACGACGGUCUUGACGAUGACCACUCUGAUGAUGGGGGCCCGGACCUCUCUGCCCAACGCCAACUGCUUCAUAAAGGCCAUCGACGUCUACCUGGGCAUCUGCUUCACCUUCAUCUUCGGGGCACUGCUGGAGUACGCCUGCGCCCAUUUUUACACCAUGCAGCAUCAGACCAUAGAGGAUUUACACAGGGAGCUGCUGAGGGAGUUAAGCGAGUCCAACGGGAACGGCUUAAUCCCCAUCAUCAGCUCCAGCCGGCCCAGCCCGUCCGUUGAGCUGGGCUCCGCUGCAGAGUCCACAGAGCACCCGGUGAGCAGCGAGAUGAAGAAGCCUGCUGCAUCCAAGGAGGAGGAGACGGCCAGCCAGGGCUGCGGCCUGUCAUCCGUGAAGCACGCGUCCCGCAGGGCGGCGGCUGUUUUCGUAGUGGAAAACCCACACAACAUCGAUCGCCAUGCCCGCACCGCAUUCCCCUCAGCCUUUCUCUUCGUCAAUAUCCUGUACUGGCUUUAUUAUCUCUUCCUCUGAGCGCCGGCUCCAGGCUGCUGAAUAGUUAAUCUCAACAUCUCCAAUCUGCUCUACCUCUUCAAUUUGAGCUCCAAUACCAGUCGCCACUGCCUGGAUCUGAACUGAUCUCGUGAAACCUCUUGCACCACAAAGAUUAAACCUUUUUUAGGGCUACAAAUUAGUAGCAGCCGUCCUGUACUUAUGGUCUGUAUUGAAAAGCUAUGACUAUAAAUCAUUAUGAAUGGAUGGGUCUCACUAAUUUAGCAUGUUGGAGUCCUGUUGGAGUCCUGGUGAAGUCUGGCAGCUAAUUACAAAUCUACAAAACUAACCAGGAAGAGUUAACUUAUUCUUACGAACAGCCUGAACUCCACCAGUCUGAUGUGCUGCAAUGAAAUGCCUUCAUUAAGUGACUCGUGUAGGUGUGCUUUUUUCUUGCUUCGUUUGUAAUGCGUCAUUUGAGACAAAUUUCUGUAUAUUUACUUUAAGAAAUUCAGUGUGCAAUUAAAAUAAAAAAGUGACUGUGUGAGGGGGAUGUCGUGUUGGGAAAGAAUGCCAUUGUGUGGUCUGUUUGGACAGUAAGGGGGACAUUUAUUAGUCCCUCAUCCGGGUGCAUAAAGUGCAAAA